AUAUUCUGGUAUACCAAGCAACAUAGCCAGAAGUAUUGAUGUAUCCUACAUCUUAUAUAAACCCCUUGCUUCCACCUCCAUCCCAUUCUCAUCGAUCAAACCUCAACAUCAGACCAGCCACCCAGCAAAUUGUCAAACCAUCCUCAACACAGACACAAUGCCUUGCAACGUCAUCAACAACCCUAGCUUCGAGGCCGGCGCUCUCGACGGAUGGUACGCUUCCACUGGAAACGUCGCCAACAUCGUACAGGGCACCAUUGCGCACGCCGGCAAAUACUACCUUGAUGUCACCGGCACGGAAAAAGUCCCCCAAGUUUCCGUCGCCCAGGACCUGUACUGGCUCGACGACGAGAACAAGCACAACCUCACCCUGUGGGUUCGCGUGGCCGACCCCAUCCCCAGCACCGGCCACUGCGAAGUGAGCGCCUAUCUCGGCGAGGACCCCCAGGCGGGUGCCAUUGCCUCUGACUUCAUCUGGCACGCCAACGAGUGGAUCCAGCUGACUGGAUCCAUUCAGCCCCCGGCGCGGGAUUUGACCCUGCACUUUGUCGGCUCCUGCGUUAACGCUGGGAAGGAGGCGCCCGCGCAUAUCCUGUUUGAUGACGUGGUCCUGAGUGACUGCUAAAUGUGGCUGUGAAUUGGCGGGUAGAGUGCCACAGAACGUUGAACAUGAUCGGAAUUUCCACGUUGAGGAUAUACUGUAUAGAGGAGUGUACUGUAUAUAACCGGUGGAAGAGAGGAAGCACCAAUAGUCCCGCUGCAUAUAUGUCCGUGCGAUGCUCCACUCUUAUAAUCCUGUUUAUUGGCGCCCAAGAUGUAUGUUAUUCAUGUGUCGACUCCGGAGUGACGCAACAAAGCUUCUCCUCCUUCUUCUAUUCAGUGGUCCUUCGAUAGAUUUCUUUAUA